GCCUGGAGAUUGGGUUUAUGAAGCAGAGGACGUGUCCUUUAACCUGAGUGCGGCCCAUCGCUGCUUGGAAGAGACCAGGAGAGCCAGCCAGUGGGAGCCGUCGGCCCUCUACGCCUGCCAUCUCCCCACCGAGGUACCGAUGCCCAGCUUGUUCCGCACCCUGGGUGCCCGUGGCCCGUGCUCAGCGAGGAUGUCUCUCCUUGCCUCCAGGUCCUGCAACAGCUUCAGCAAGCCCGUUUGCUACUACCAAGAGCCGCCCGGGUCCCAAAUCCCGGGGCUUGACGAUCCGUUGCAUGCAGUGGCUUCCCAACUUCUGUCAAGACUCGUCAGCCUCUCAAUGCCGAACCUUUACCUCGGCACAGGUCCCCUUGGACCGUCGUCAGGCCUUGGGGGGGGUGUCUACGAUGAAAUCAUGACUCAUUUGAGUGCCUCGAACAUUGACAUUGCAGUCAUUCAAGAGAGUAAAUGGAGUGAGUGCAUGGAAUACACCAGCGGAGCCUGGCACCUCCAUGUCAUAGCCAUCUAUCAGAAGACUCAUGUGGUCAGUGACAAAAACACUCCGGUGCAACGACAACAGGCUUGGCAAGCUCUUCACAAGUGCCUCAGUCGCGUGCCAGCCCGAGACUCAAUAGUGCUGACGGGGGACUUUAAUACGCCCUUGGCGUGCUUGCCGCCUUAUGUUGGCCCCUUUGUCGGGGCACCACUGAGUCAUCCGCCGGAUGACGUCUCGAGCCUGGAGGUUCUGAUGCAAACCUUUCGCCUCACGGCAUUGAACACCUGGUACCCCAACCCGGGAGGAGUACAUACUUUCUCCUUUGGCAAGGCCAAAUCACAGAUUGAUUAUAUCAUGGUGAGGCUUAGUGAGGCCAGCACAUCGGCCCGUCAGGUACGAACCAUGCAUCAAUUCCAGGUGGGCGCUGCCCGCAAAGGCCACCGCCCGGUGCCCUGCAUUGAUCAGGAGGCUCUUCUGAGUGCCCUUGACCACCCUAAUAAGGCCGAUAACCUGCAGAAAAUUGCCGAGAUCAGGCGAGCGGUUGCCACUCAUGUCGCUCAUCACUCUGACCUUCGAGGCGUCCAGGCCCUACAUCAAGUCCUUCAUGAUGCCUGCUGCAAUGUUUUCCCCGCAAGUAGAGCCUCGACGACCACUCGUGCUCCACCUUGGCAGCAACCUCAGGUCCAAGCUGGUAUCCGCAACCUCUGGUACAAAUGGCGUGCCUUCAAACAGGUCCGCAAGCAUGGCCUUAGAGGAUGGUUUCAGGCUUGGAGAGCUUGGAAAGACUUUGACUGGCACUACAGAGCACAUCAAAAACGUUGCAAACAGGCCAGGCGUGCUAUACUGCUGCAGGCCAUGCAUGAAGCCGAGCAACAUGCCAAGGUCCACAACUCGAGAGGCAUCUAUCAGAUCCUCAAACGCCUUGCACCGAAACAGGCCCGGCGUCGUAUGCAGCUUCGCGGUGCUGAAGGACAAAUGCUUGAGCCAUGCGCUGAGCUGGAUCUUCUUGAGCAGCACUUUUCUCGGCGAUUCACUGCCACCCAACAGGCCGAUGUUGAUCUGGCCUCCCACACCUGGGAGGGCCAAGGCGACCUUGUACUGGAUGUUACCACAGUCUGCCGGUACAUACAGCAGGUUCCACGUCGGAAAGCUGUGCCGCAAGGGCACCCUCCCAGUGCCUCCUGGCGCAUGUGUGCCGACCUGAUCUCACCUUGGCUCUGCAAAGUUGUCCUUGAUGCGUGGUCCACUCCUCACCUCGAGGUGCCCAGGGCCUGGACGGAUGUUGACCUGGCCUUAGUUCCCAAGCCAGAUAAACCAGGUAAAAAGUUCCUGGGAGCUCUCUUGCAGCCAUAUGUGCCGGGCAUUGUUGAGCAGAUUAAGACCUUCCCUCAGUUUGCCUACCAGCAAGGAACAAAGCCUGUUCCCUUAUAUGGUGCUCUCAUGAUUACGGUCGAUCUUGCCCAGCUUGGAGCAGCCACGGUUCUCAGGGUCCUGACUAUCUUUGCGGAUGACUAUCAUUUGGCAGACUCCUUCACCUCCAUGGCGGAGCUUGAGGUCUCUGACCAGAAAUCCAAGGCGAUAAUGGUCCUCCGAGGUGGUGCCCUCAAUAUCCCGCUAACUGACUGCUUCACUUACCUUGGGGCCCGUGUGAGCUAUGCGAACUUUGAGAGACAGACUCUUGACUGGCGACUCACCAAAGGUGAAGCAGCAUUCCAGCGCCUAGGCUUGACACCCUGGGGCACUCGUGUUCUCGAGACCUUUGUGGUGCGGCAGCUCAGGGCCAUCUUAUGCUACGACACCUGCUUCAAGCCGAAGGCGAUCGAAUUUCUCAAGCUCCUCUGGACCCCCUGGUCUGUCACAGCCAGCAUCCUUGCACUUGACCCCAGCCAGUGUGAGAUGAAUCCCGAGCAGGAGCAUCGGGAGCUCUUCGGACCCCUGGUGACGAGCCAGGCUGCAGCAUUCGGGACCGCUCUGUUGGACUCAGGAGGGCAUCGCCCGAGGGGGGGGCCGAAAGGGGACAAGCAACAGUCCCUUGUCAAAGCCAUGGCCAGGCUUGUGCUACGUCAAGAGACCAACCUGCAGGUGCUGAAGCAGAACUCGGCUUGGGAUGUCUACCUGCAGCCGGGGCCGCAAGGACCGCUGCCCAUGCUGUUCCGAGCCUCGGAAACAUAUCGCUCCGAAGCCAAGUCCAGAAGGAUGGACUGCCCGCUUCGGGCCCAGUUGCUUCACACCCUGUUCCAGACGGUGCUGACUUGCAUUCAGAAUAUCAAGGACAGUGCAGCACAGACCCAGGCGGCACAGCAAAGGGGUUGGCUGACCCCGGAGGGACGUUGGGUGUACCAACAAUGGGAUCCACAAGCCCAGGCCUUGAUCGUGGACGGGAACUGCCCUCCUCUCGAGAAUCAGGAAUUGCUUACCCUGCUCCAUGCCAUGGCCCAGGCUGUUCUACGAAAGGAUGUGGUCCAUCGAUUCAACGCUACGCACCAGCUGGCAGCAGACCCCAGGGGCACGACUCGCUUCAUGCUGGAGAUUGGGCUCCGGGCCGACGGCGUGAUGGAUGUCUGGAAAGGUUUGGAAGCCCUUCAGGGGCUUGCAGCCCUGCAAAUCGUGGGGAUGCAGCUGAGGAGAGAUGGACUUCGACGAUCCAAUUUGGCGGAGGACAUUCAGCGGAUGCUGGGCGAACUCUAG